UCGUAGAUUGCUUAUUUCCAUUAUUUUAUUUUCUUAAUUAAGGUUAAAAAUCCUAUAAAUUUGAAGCUUCUCAAAUCCAGAAUACUGGAAGAUAUGGAGUCAUUACACGAGCCCUUUAUGAACCGAGGCUCGAUAUCCCCUACCGGAAACGGCACCACCGAUCACCUUGAGAAGAUGAAGCUUACGAAGGCGAGUCCCGACUCCGUCUCUGAUAAGAUCGAAAGAUAUCGAGGCGCUUUGUUGGUGAUCUCCAUCCCUGUGUUGGUCAUAAUGUUGGUGGUGUACGCUAUGCCGGGGAAAUCGGCGCAUGAUGCGACGGUGCUGAAGGAGAUUGAGCUUCUUAGCAGGAAGGUCGGGGUGAGUUACAGAGGGGAUAGGCAAUAUGCGGUGAUAUUUGAUGCGGGGAGUUCCGGGAGUCGGGUUCAUGUUUAUUGUUUCGAUCGCAAUUUGGAUCUUGUUCCAAUUGGCUCUGAAUUAGAGAUUUUUGAACAGAUCAAACCUGGUUUGAGCUCCUAUGCAAAUGAUCCACAGGCUGCAGCAGAUUCGUUAAUUUCUCUUCUUGAAAAGGCGGAAAGUGCUGUGCCAGUAGAUUUGCGAUCAAAAACUCCCGUCAGAGUUGGGGCAACUGCAGGUCUGAGGGCAUUAGAAGGCAAUGCAGCUGACAGAAUUUUGCAAGCGGUUAGAGAUCUUCUGAAAGAUAGAAGCACUCUCAAGUCUGAUGCAAAUGGUGUCAGAAUUCUGGAUGGAUCUCAAGAAGGUUCUUAUGCGUGGGUGACAAUAAAUUACCUAUUGGGGAAUUUGGGAGGGACAUACAAAGACACAGUGGGCAUAGUUGAUCUUGGUGGUGGAUCUGUGCAAAUGGCAUAUGCCAUCUCCAAGGAUGCUGCUUCAAAGGCUCCAAGUGCACCAGAUGGAGAGGACAAUUAUGUAAACCAAAUGUACCUAAAGGGAUCAAAAUAUUACCUCUAUAUUCACAGUUAUUUGAACUAUGGCCUAUUGGCAGCUCGAGCAGAAAUUUUGAAGGCAUCUGAUGAAUCUGGUAACCCUUGCAUCUUGGAGGGUUUUGAUGGUUCUUAUGCAUAUAACGGAAAAGAAUAUAAAGCAUCAGCUCCUUCAUCGGGGACAAACAUGGAAGAAUGCAGGAGGGUGAUUCUGAAGGCUCUUAAAAUAAAUGAUACAUGUACAUAUAUGAAGUGCACAUUUGGUGGUAUUUGGAAUGGAGGAGGUGGAGAUGGACAGAAGAAUCUGUUCGUCGCUUCGUUUUUCUUCGACAGGGCAGCUCAGGCCGGUUUCAUUAAAGCUGCUGAUCAUGUUGCAAUUGUUAAGCCUCAUGCUUUUGCAGACGCUGCUAAACGUGCUUGCGGAACCAAUUACGCAGACACUAAAGUGACAUUCCCGGAUUUGGGUGAGGGUGACUUGGCAUACAUUUGCAUGGACCUAGUUUAUCAGUACACCCUGCUGAUUGAUGGAUUUGGCCUUGAUCCCUACCAAGAUAUUACAUUGGUAAGGCAAGUGAAAUAUGGCAAUUCCUAUGUGGAAGCUGCUUGGCCACUAGGCAGUGCCAUCGAGGCCGUAUCAUCUUGAAGCAGAAUUUCAGGUAAUAAAGCUGUAGGUGGCCAUGUUCAGGUUUGAAAUCGGAUGUUGGAAGGAAUAAAGGAAGAGAAUGUAUUUGUAGUUACAUUAUUUUCCGUCGGAACUGAACAAACAGAUUAUAUUAAUAUCAGUGUGGUUGUAUCUGUAAUAUCUUUGUCAGUGAAAAAACUCAUGUCUCAAA